AGCCAAGGCAGUGACGUCAUCGGGAGCUGUUCAAAGUGCUGUGGUGCUGAAGAGACAACUCCGGCCGCCUCUGCUUGCUCCGCCAGUCGGUGCGCGUCGGUCCGCCGCCGGUCUGCUCCGCGUCCCCGUGGAUUCCGCCGGUUUUAAACCACAGCGCAGGACCAAACGGAGGCAACGGAACUGAACGGAACCGAACGGAACCGGGGAGGAACCGACGGCAGCUCCGCGGACCCAUGUGGAGCAGAUCCCCAACAAGUCUUGAGGAACCGCUGAUGCUUAAUGGCCGCCCCCUCCCGAGGUCAUCACAGCCGCCGGUGCAAUCAUAGACCCACCAUUGAGGCGACCGCCCCCCUCAUGGCGACCCCCGACCUUCAGACUGUGUUGCCUGGGCCCUCCUGUAGAGGGGGCAAGUGCUGAGGGUGGGGAGGUGAAACCGAGACCAGCUUCCCUGUGAUGAUACCAGUUGCCCAAACCAUGUAGAGUACCUUUCUCCGAUGAGGGGGAGGGUCUGUAUCCGAGUGUCAUUCCUUUUUUAUAUAUUUCUGUUCAUAUAAUCUGUGGAACAGAUCGGUGCUCGCUUCUUUAAAGACUGUAUGUGGGUGUGGACCGAGUGUGAGUUGAGGAGAAAGUGACUGAGUGAAGUAAAGCGAUGGUCCUGUACACCACCCCCUACUCCGGUGCCUGUCUGCACUUCCUGGAUGGGCUGUCCUGGAGCCUGGUGUUCCCCUGCUAUUGGCUGCUGGACCGUCUCCUGGCGUCCUGCGUGGCCACCUCGUUGGAGAAGCGCCAGCGCUCCCAGGACCCCUGCUCCUUCCUGACCCUGUGCGUGCUGGUCUCCGCCCCCCUGUACCUGCUCCUCCUCCUGGCCUCGCUGCCCUUCGCCCUGCUGGGCUUCAUCCUCUGGGCUCCUCUGCAGGCGGUCCGCCAGCCCUACCUGUACACCUACAGCAGACCGGAUAAGCAGCUGGUGGAACCGGGUCAGGCCGAGCCCAGUGGAGGCGGGGUCGGUGAAUGGAGACCCCAGGGGCGGAGCUUCUGUUUCUGCAGCGCCAACGUUUGCCUGCUGCCCGACUCCCUGGCCAGGUUCAACAACCUGUCCGACACCCACCGGAGAGCCCGCGAGGUGGGGAAGAGGAUCCGCAACGGCGCCAGUCGGCCUCAAAUUAAGAUCUACAUCGACUCGCCCACCAACACCUCCAUCAGUGCGGCGUCCUUCUGCAGUCUGGCCACUGGGUUCCGUCGGACCUCUUCCCUUGACCAGCGUCCAGACCACACCCACACCACCAACGGCCCCGCCGACCCUGAAACCGAGCCCCUCACAGAGUGCCCCAUCCACCCCUCAGGUGCCACCGACUGCCCCAUUCACCCCCCCACAGGGGACCAGGGGCCCCCCCAGUGCCCUCUCCACCGGGACGACUCGGACACCACCGCCGACUGCCCCCUCCACGCCAACGGCGGCUCAGACUGUCCCGUCCACACCUCAGGCGAGGCCCCCCACUGCCCCUUGCAUUGCACCGGGGCCCAGACUGGCCCCGACCAUCAUGACUGCCCCAUGCACGGAGAGGGGGCUCAGCCCAAACCCCCCCUGGACUGCCCACUUCACACCUCAGGGGUUCAAAUCAGCAUCAGUGCCCCGGAGCCGGAUCCGCAGGGAGGGGAAUCCGAAACGGGGAACCAUCGACCCGGGGAUCAGGCUGGGGGAGACACCGGCAGCAUGACAGCGUCCAGGGAGUCCCUUGCCCGUUACCAUGGAGGUGACGGAGGGGUAGGGAUAUCCUCCAAUAACACGCUGUCUCAUGUCCCACGUACGUCCAUCUUUAAGCGUCCAGGUCGAAAACGCAGGCACGGAGACGAGACGUUCGACCAUGAAAUCUCUGCCUUCUUUCCCGCCAACUUGGACUUCCUGGCUCUACAGGAAGUGUUUGACCACGGAUCCACCACCCGACUGCGGCAUCAGCUGCAUCGCUACUUCCCCUACGUGUUGAGCGAUGUCGGCCAGUACGGCUGGAAAAGCUGCUGUUCCAGCUUCAAGUUCCUGAACAGUGGGCUGAUGUUGGCCAGCCGAUACCCUAUCCUAGACGCCCGCUUCGAGUGUUACCCCAAUGGGCGAGGGGAGGAUGCCCUGGCUGCCAAGGGGGCGCUGUUCGCCAAGGUUCAUGUGGGCACCUCCCAUCAGGAGCAAAGGGUUGUGGGAUACAUCACAUGUACACACCUGCACGCCAUAGAAGGCGACGCUGCCGUGCGAUGUGAGCAGUUGGACCUCCUUCUUCAGUGGGGCGCUGAGUUCCGCCAGGCGUCGUCACGGCAACCGGAAGGAGAAAAGGUGUUUGAAGAUCUGGUGGCCUUCGACGUCGUCCUGGGAGACCUCAACUUCGACAACUGCUCUUCAGAGGAUAAGCUGGAGCAGCAGCAUGCACUUUUUACCCAGUACAAGGACCCCUGUCGCCUGGGGCCGGGGGAGGACAAACCAUGGGCCCUGGGUACACUUCUGGAUCCCAGUGGCCUUUAUGAUGAAGAGAUCAGUUCACCCUGAAAUUUUUUUAGGGUGAUGGAGAACGAGGAGGGCAGGAAGGAGUACCUGGUGUUUCCUCCCAGUAAAAGCCAGUGUCCCGGCAGCAGCCAGAAAGGACGGAAGAUCCCCCUGAAGGGCAACGGACGCCGCAUCGACUACAUCCUCUACAGCGACGAAGGCCUGAACCAGGACUGGAAACUGGACAUUGAGGAGUUCAGCUUCGUCACCCAGCUGGCCGGCCUCACCGACCACCUGUCCGUCGCCAUGCGAUUGUCCGUUGCCACUGGCGACGACGAGCCUUAGACGACCACAGGAGAAGAAGCCGAUAGUGAAUACUGCCAUAGUGGAACAUGUGAGGACCACCACUACAAACAGGAGUUUACACCAACACCGUUUUUACACCAGGAU